CAACGUGCCCCAUUCUACAGUCCUCGCAACUCUGGGGUGAAGUAUGGUAUUUUGUUGCUUGUUUACAACCUAGUCAGGCAACAGACACAGUACAUAAGAGGUGCUACAUAGCAUGAAACAUACCAAGAAUACCAGAAAUUUGUCUACUGUAUCAAUAAGACCAUGUUCAACUAUACCUAUCAAGAAGCUCAGGGGGAGCAAUAUAAAGCUACUCUGAUAGUUUUAUACUUCUAUCCACCACAUUGUUUUGAACCAACACUAUGUGCCUUUAAAUGUAGUAUUUAUACGUCUUGCCUUCCAAAGUUUGAGGAUUUCAUCAUGAACUUGCAAUAUUUCUCAGAAAGGAACACAUUUUCCUGUAGAAAUGAUUGGAUGACUUUGGCAAAUUCAGGCCACUUAUUAACUGCAAAGUGUUGUAUGUGUUGGAGUACCCAGAAUGGAUUGCCCAGAGAUUCUCUUUUGGAAAAGUACCAGCACAAUGCCCGAAAUGCCGGAGAGUGGAAAGUCAUGGUCUCGACGGGGAAAUGACGGCAGUGUUCGUGGAGACAGUGUUUUCGCAUGGCUGACAUUAAUGACAGCCCAGUGCUCUGCACUCACUGAAUGUUUUCAUUCCAGAAGAGCAUCAAAACCACUGAGUCCUUUCAAGUCAUCUUCUUUUACUGCGAAACCAGAAACCAUGCCGACAACGAUUUGCACUCAAAUUGAAAUUAUUCCAUGCAAGAUCUGUGGAGACAAAUCAUCAGGAAUCCAUUAUGGUGUCAUUACAUGUGAAGGCUGCAAGGGCUUUUUCAGGAGAAGUCAGCAAAGCAAUGCCACCUAUUCCUGUCCUCGUCAGAAGAACUGUUUGAUUGAUCGAACCAGUAGAAAUCGCUGCCAACACUGUCGAUUACAGAAAUGCCUUGCCGUAGGGAUGUCUCGAGAUGCUGUAAAAUUUGGCCGAAUGUCGAAAAAGCAGAGAGACAGCUUGUACGCGGAGGUGCAGAAACACCGGAUGCAGCAGCAGCAGCGGGACCACCAGCAGCAGCCUGGCGAGGCCGAGCCGCUGACCCCAACCUACAACAUCUCGGCCAACGGGCUGACGGAACUGCACGACGACCUCAGCAGCUACAUCGACGGGCACACCCCCGAGGGCGGCAAGGCCGACUCUGCCGUCAGCAGCUUCUACCUGGACAUACAGCCUUCCCCAGACCAGUCAGGUCUCGACAUCAACGGAAUCAAACCAGAACCGAUAUGCGACUACACACCAGCAUCCGGCUUCUUUCCCUACUGUUCUUUCACCAACGGAGAGACUUCCCCAACGGUGUCCAUGGCAGAAUUAGAACACCUUGCACAGAAUAUAUCUAAAUCCCAUCUGGAAACUUGCCAAUACUUGCGAGAAGAGCUCCAGCAGAUAACGUGGCAGACCUUUCUGCAGGAGGAGAUCGAGAACUAUCAGAACAAGCAGCGGGAGGUGAUGUGGCAGUUGUGUGCCAUCAAAAUCACGGAAGCGAUACAGUACGUGGUGGAGUUUGCCAAACGCAUCGAUGGAUUUAUGGAACUGUGUCAAAACGAUCAAAUUGUGCUUCUCAAAGCAGGUUCUCUAGAGGUGGUGUUCAUCAGAAUGUGCCGUGCCUUUGACUCUCAGAACAACACCGUGUACUUUGAUGGGAAAUACGCUGGGCCCGAUGUCUUCAAAUCCUUAGGUUGUGAAGACUUUAUUAGCUUUGUAUUUGAAUUUGGAAAGAGUUUAUGUUCUAUGCACCUGACUGAAGAUGAAAUUGCAUUAUUUUCUGCAUUUGUACUGAUGUCAGCAGAUCGCUCAUGGCUGCAGGAAAAGGUAAAAAUUGAAAAACUGCAACAGAAAAUUCAGCUAGCUCUCCAACACGUCCUACAGAAGAAUCACCGAGAAGAUGGAAUACUAACAAAGUUAAUAUGCAAGGUGUCUACAUUAAGAGCCUUAUGCGGACGACAUACAGAAAAGCUAAUGGCAUUUAAAGCAAUAUAUCCAGACAUUGUGCGGCUUCACUUUCCUCCCUUAUACAAGGAGUUGUUCACUUCAGAAUUUGAGCCAGCGAUGCAAAUUGAUGGGUAAAUGUAUCACCUAAAGCACUUCUAGAAUGUCUGAAGUACAAACAUGAAAAACAAACAAAACAUAUUAACCGAGACACUUUCCACGGCCCUGCGCAGACCUGGAGCGCCAACACACUGCACAUCUCUUGGUGAUCGGGGUCAGGCAAAGGAGGGGAAACAAUGAAAACAAAUAAAAGUUGAACUUGUCUUUCUCAUGCAUAUGAUUUCCAUUAUGCCUACAGAUAUGGACCCUUUUUCUGUCUUGACUUCUUGAUGGCUGACCUCUGUUUACAGCAGGAGGAGGGUACAAAAGUUGGAGGAUUUCCUUUCCUUGUAGCUCACUGCCCACAGACUUUCUGCAGAAUCGCCAAUCUGUUAGUGACCCGCGAGCCCAGCAAUGAUCGGUGACCGGUGUGCAUAGCGGAGGUUGCAGCGUCACUUUGCACAACUUGUUCUUUGUCUCAUGAAGGAAGUUUUUAUUUUUUUUCCCACCGAUUAUUGCCAGUCGGCAGGAGGGCGCGGAAAGGGUCCAUAGCACUAGCAACAAUAGCAUUAUAAUAUAUUACAGGGUAAAUGGGCAUGAAGACUAUAUAUAGCUAAAAGAGAUAUUGUUUAUAUAUUGUUUUGAUUAAUAUAAAAUGUAGUUACUGGUGUAGCUUUUCCUGUUGAAUUGAUAAGGCACUUUCGUUUGGCACCUUUUCCUUUAAAUUAAAUGCUAGCGUGUUCACUGCCGUGUCGCAUGCGCACCAGAAACACAAGUUUAACUGAGAAGGCUCGGGAGGUACGUUGGGAGAUAUUUAUGCUGCUGUUUACAAAAUUACUUCUAAAAGACUGGCUGGUCAUAUCUAGAAAUCAUGAUGUUGGAUUUUUUUUUUUUUUUUUUAACCCAUGAAUUGGGAAUUAGAAAUGGAACUCUCCCUAAAUUACACUUUGUGUUUGGGUAAGUUUAAGGAUAGAUGUGUUUAUGCUUCGUACAAAGUUUGAGUGAUUGAUUGGUGCUGUGGACUUAGAUCAUCGUGCAUAUUAUUUUUAAAAAUGCCACCUCAAGGAGGCAGAGAAAGAAGGAGAGGCUCAUUUUAUACAAGUCAGUAGUGACAUAGAGUCAGUCUCAAGUUGGAAUUCAGUUAUAUGCUUGGAGAACAAAUCAGGAACCAGAAUAUCUUACUGGAAUCUAGCUUUUAUUAUAAGAAGGACCCAAAGAUUGGUUGUGGAGCAAACACACACUCCCCAGGUGAGGACAGGAAGCAUUCGCUUUGUGAAUGUUUAUGUUCGUGGUAUAAUCUAGGAACCCUAAGAGUUGAUCUCAGAGUGAACUAUUUCUAGUCUAGCUGCUUCUAGAUGCUGUAGUUCUAGAAUGUUACUCUCCAUAUUUCAUAGACAAUGAAUGAGAGGGUGAGGGAGGCAUACCAUGUUGAACCAGUUUCUGUUAUUUAAAUAUUAAAUAUUUUAAGCCUUUAAAGUGAAGUCAGUGCUAACUGCAAACAUUUACUUUCGUAUUUAUCGUCGCUAGAAAACUGUGGACUGUAAUUUAUUUCAUUAAAUAUUUAGAAGAUUGUUUGGCUUUGGUGUUCAGGUGAGAAAUAGUGAGUUGUUUGGUGUGUUUUUUUUAAAUUUUGUGGGUUUUUAAAAAUAAUUCCCAAUGGGGAAGGGGAGAAGGAACUGUCUGAUAUACAAGUGUGCAUAUUUUAAAAAUAAGUGGCCUUUGGGAACGUAGGCAUUUUGAUGAUGAUUUCAGUCCCACUCGGGGUAGGAGUCAAACGUCUGGUCUGACAUCCAAGGCCAUGUUUGUUCAGAAAAGGGAACAUCCUCCGUGUAGCGGUGGGAGUUUCCAAGCAGCCCUUUAUAGAGGAGGAGGUGUCUCCUUGGCCACCAGGGCCCCCCUGACUGUCCCAUGGGAACUGAUGCUGGAUCGCAGCUCAGGCUUCCCCGAGCCCUUCACUCUGCUUAUAACUCCAUUGACUUUCUGACUUGUUUCCUGAGGGACUCAGAAAAGGAGAAGGAAUUAUUCACACAGAAGUGUGUAUGAAGCCUAAAUGACAUCUAAAAAUUUUUUUUUCAAAAAUAUAGUGAGGGUUUAACCAUAAAUAGAAGACAAGAGUAUUAUUUACUUAAAUUUCUUACAAGCCUAUGAAACUUUAUGAGUGUUUAUAUAGAGAGGUUAACUAUAAGCGUAUAGUAUUUAUAUUUGGGCAGGAAGGGUUAAAUCAAAUUUUUAAUUUAAAUAAGCAUAGUUCCUUUAAAGAGCAAUAGUAUUUAUACUCUGAAAAAAAGUACCAAGCUUAGUUCAGUUAUUUAUUUGUCUGUGUUUUUCCUAUUGUUUCUCCUUUGGGGGAAAAUGGUGUAUUUUUAUUUUGGUUUGGUUUUGUUUUCUUUGUUGUUGUUUUUUGUCGUUCUGAUUCACUAAAUUUGGGGAUGGUUUUAUUAAAGUAUAUUAACUUCUUUUUAACCAAAGCUUUCUGAAUAUGACCAGCCUCAGGUGCUAGCGCAUUAAAGAGCAACUAAACCUAAUUCCAGUGUCCAUUAAUGAAACGAUAAGAGUUCGUUGAACUUCUCUAAGGGUGAGAGAGAACAUAAUGUUGAACCUAAAAGAAAUUCCUUUUCCCAGAAAGGAUUUUUCAUGUACUUAAUGCAAAAAAAAUAAAAAGAUGCUCUAAUCACAGUCAUAGUCACCCUAUGGUGACAUUGCUUUUAGAGUAAACCGAGAUACACUGACACGAUGCUGCUACUAGGUCUUUGUGAAAGAAAAGCAGGGUGUGGACUCUAAGAGCAAAGUACAUCUAUAGGGUAGGAACAGUGUCAUGGAGGCAUGCUCCGUGACAUGAGGGAACAACUAUUAUUUGGAUUAAAGUUGAGAUCUGAAGUUAAACAAUAAAUUCAGCUGAAAAAACCAGGAAGUCUAGAAAAGGGUAUGCAAAACGUUGCAUUUUUAUUUUCUUAUUAUAGAAACACCUGUGUGAUGAUACAAACUAUUUGGUGAUACCGAACAAUUAUUCACAAUAGUUCUUAUAAAGUUCCCUAAACAUAAAUGUCCAAUAGUCUUUUAAGUAUUGGAAUCACAUCAUUGUCAUCCCUGCUGCUGUAAGGCCUUUGGUGCAGUGUUUCCUUCGGGUCAGUGAGGCUCUGUGCAGAGCCCGAGUGCCAUCGGCUACAGUGGUGUCCAAACGGUUGCAUUCUGUUGUGAAGAAACUGGCCUCGGUCACAAUGAAAUCAAAAGUGCAGAUGAAAGUGCUUUUUUGGACAGUUUGCAAAUUGUGUUAAAGCUAUGGAUUUUUAUUUUUAAGUGUUCAGCAUCCUAAUUUAUGUUAAAGCUAUGGAUUUUUUAAAAAGUCUUCAGCAUCCUAAUUCACCCUUCCUAACUUAAGGAAAACAUGACUUAAGACACUGCUUCUAAGUUUGGUUGUUCUUUAUAGUGUGGAUUCCCAGAUGUCUGUGAGCGUAGAGAGGGUGGGCUGAGGGUCAAGUGCGGAGGUAGUGUGUGUGUGUGCGUGAGCGUGAGUGUGUGCGUGUGGUUUUCCUGUAUGACGUGCGUGUGUCAGACCGCUUCUAGGCUACUAAGUGUCAAUGGAAAAGAAAAUGUAUUCAAAAUACUUAAAUCAAAACUAGAAGAUGGGGGGAAAAAAAAAAAGAUUUAUUCUAUACAAAGCCUUGUCUGGACCACUUUAGAGAGACUUCUAUUUUUUUAACCCUUCUAUAAAUAUUUGAUGGCACUUGAACUAUUCCUGCAAUAAAAUGUGAUUUGUGUAAAGAAAAAAAAAAAAAAAGAUUUUGUAAUGUGAAACAAAGAAAGAAAGUAAUGUAAUUUUCUAAAACACACACACACACACACACACACAAACAAACUUUGUAUUAUUUUCUUGAUGGAAUUUGUCUAUCUGUCUUUGGAAAACUUUUUAUUUCAUUGAAUGUGCCAUAGUGGAAACACGUGUCUUUAGUUGUAGACUAAGGAACAGCUGCUGGCGUUCCGACAUUCCAAACUGCAGAAGCACCUAGGAGAACCUCGAGCGAAAGGGUUAAGUAGGGUGUGAGCCUCUCUCAUCGUUGCUGUUUUGCACGCUCUUCAUUCCUCUCUAGUGCAAUAUGUACAUAGAGCACUCGCGGGUGUACCUUGACCCCUCAGGGAAAAAUACAUAGUUGUACAGUUGUUGUUGUUGUUGUUUCCUUUUGUCUUUGGCUAAGGAAUGUCGACUGAAUCACUUGUUCUUGUUGAGGGGCAGCCAGAUAAUAACCCUAAAGCCACUGUCUCAAACAUUGAUUGUUUAAAUCAUGUGUCCUUCCAGUGCUGUUAAGAUACUAAUAAUAAAAAGUUAUUUUCUGACAGUUCUUUGUGCUGAUUGGUGAGAAAAAAAAAAGGGUAGAUAAGCACCUUAUGAUUGACUUACUGUGAAUGACAAUCCAUCUUGCUAUCAACAAUAGAAAGCCCUAUCGUUUUGGAGUUGGGGUUACGAGUCAGAAACAAUGUGCUCAGGGAUCUUCUAAAACUCUUUAAAACAGGGUGGCCAGUACUACUGGGACAAAUUGUGUUUUUUAUUAUUAAUCAUAAUGAUAAUACUAUCCCUCCAAGGCACAAGUGAACUGUGUAGAACUAACUGCAUGUGUGUAAACUUCACUAUCAUCUCAUUGUGUUAGGUUCAAAACGUAUGUGUUCUUCAGUCUUGUGUAUUAAAAACAUUGAAUAACCUUCAGAGCUGUAGAAAGCUAUGCCAGUAUGUCAAAAGAUAAAUUAGUAGGUCAUAUACCAACAGAGAGCAUCAUUCAAAGUACAGUCCUGCAUACUCCACUUACCGUUUCUUGGAUAAUUAAAAUACUCAUGAUAAAUAUAUUUAUAGCAUUAUACAGUAUAUUUAAAAAAUACUUCAAAUUCUAUAUAAUAUGGAUUUUAAAAAAACUUUUAAACCAAAUGAGAUAAAGGCCCUGCCUAUUAGUGGAGUGAGAGAGGUAAAAGGUAAAACAUGUUUUUUUAAUGGCAGCAAACAACUAUUAUUUUCACUGUGGUCUCCUCUAAAAGCAAACCAAAUAAAAGUCCCUUUAUGUAACACAAGUCUUCUCCAUCCACAUUUGUAGUUUUUAAUCUGUCGAAUUAAUACAAGAGCUACUGUUUAAAGAUAAACAAAGCCCGCCUCGUAACAACAAUAUGAGCCACCUUUUAGAGGCACAUUUUACAUUUUUGAAAGACAGUUUUGUUCUCCUAUUUCAACAUACUGAUUUCCAUAAAGUCAGUGAAUCUCAGUGUAAUUGUUGACUUUGAUUCUUCCAUUUCAUAUUUGGAAUAAACAUUCAGAUAUUUUUUUACAUAUUUUUUUUUAUGAUCACACAGGGGCAUAAUUUAGGAAAACUUUUCAUGUCAUUUAGAUCAAAAAGAAGCCUUUACCUUGUUUUUGAUAAUAGACUAUGGAAAUAGGCAGACAUCUCUCUCUCUCUCUCAUAUAUGUAUACGUAUAUACACACACUAUACAUAUACAUAUACACACAUAAUUGACAGUUUUACAUCUUACAGCUUCUGAUUACCACUUCUUACAAAGGGACAACACAGCAGAACCCCAUAAAAACAACUUUAUAUUACAGAUCAGAUGAUGUGCCCAGAAAGGCGACGACAACAGUAAAUCUUGAUCUGUUGCUAAUAGUCGACCAUACAGGUCUUCAUUCUGUCCCUCAACACUAGUAUUAUUAAAGAAGUUCCACCAGAUUUCAUUAAAGGGACCUUCCUAUGACUGUUUAUUCUCAAGACGCGAGAAGGCCAACAAGCAGUGGCUUUCCCAAGCAACUGCUUUCACUUUGGGCCUGUUUGCUUGCUUGUUAGUGAGCGGGAGAUCAGUUUUGGCAGGCUCUCAGAACGAUUUUUAAAAUGAUCCAAAGGCCUGGUUUCAUACCAAGGAAACACUGUCGAUGGGGGAGGGCGGGAGACCUUCAUGUUUAAACAGGCCCUCAGAACUUAGAGCAAUAAAUACAUUCAGUGCUUUCUUUAUAAAUGAAUGACAGAAUCGUCGAUCCAAAUAGAAACGUCUUUUAGCAGUGAAACAUAAAUGGGGGUCUUGUGUUAAGAAAGUGAGCAUGAAUAUUUUAAAUGGAUGCCUCGAGAAUCCGUGUUUGCUGUUUACAUUUAGUGUGUUUACCACAUCAGCAGUAUCACACGUCUUUUCCUGUUUUUCUUCUAGGAACUAAGGAAAGGUAGCUUGCACUCAGCUUGGACAUGCUGCACAUGUCAGUAUGUUGUUCUCUCAGAGCAACUAAUUUUCUCCAGUGUUCAUGUGUGAUUCCUUUCUUGCUCACUGUUACUGCAGUGUGGGUGAAAUACUGUUGCUAGGAACUCGGUCAGCAUGGGACAGACGACAUGUGUAAAUGCAGAUCGUUCUUGAGCAGAGAGGGAAUAGGAUUUCACGCGCGAAAAUAUCCGUAUGUACUGUACACACCUCCCUGAAUCCAAAAUCCUCUUCUAGCCACCAUGUGGAAUCUCACAUAAAACAGUGGUAAACUUUUAUACAUUAGGACAUUAGCUGGCUGCUUCUUUAAAUGUACCUGUAUUGUCUGCCUGCUCCUUUUGUGGAGAUGUGUUUUUGUAUUGGAUGUUUGGGCCAAUGGGAGGCUUCAAGCUACAACAUAUUUUCCCAGUUUAAAUAUAUUUAACAUAUGACAAACCCCAGACAAGGCUUUUAAUAUGUAUAAAGAACUGCAGUGUUAGGUGGUUUAUUUGCAAACCGUUUUCAAUGUUGUCCAUUUUUAUGGCACCUUUAACAAUAUUCUUGUUUCCAAAGUACAAAAAACAAAUAGGUUAAAUAUCUAGCCAUAACUGAAUGUCAAGCAAUAAAACAAAUGACUUUUGUGCAUAGACUUAAAAAAAUACAAAUUUUAGACAUCUGCAUGUAAAUGCAAUCUCUUGUUUACUGCUUUCUUCAACUCGAGCAAUUGAUUCCUUAUUUACUAUUAACUUAAGAACUUGUAAUGGCCUGUAAACAUUUUCUCUCUUACUCUUCUUUCAAAUUUACCUUCAUCCCUGCUUUUGAGUCAUAAUAUUUAAUGUUGUUCUGCACAUCUCUAUACAGUUAACUUUUUGGCUUUUAUUCUGUAUAGAUAAGAAAAUGUUAUAUUAUAAACAGCCUACUCAGUGCAAAUAUUUAUCUGUUUAUCAAAUCCACAAUAUGCUGUAUAAUACUGGUUUUACUAUAUAAUCUAUUUUAGACAUAGCUGUUUAGAACUAGAGUGUGCUAUUUUUGUGUUUUUCUGAUGUGUGGUGCUAGAUAAGUUACUUUUGUGAACAAAAAAAGAACCCUUUUAUUCCUAGACAAUACCACCUUUGGGUCUUGUUAAUUUCACUGAGUAUAACUAUAUAUUUGUAUAUAUAUACAUAUAUAUAUAUCUCUACCUGUGCCCAACUGGCAGCUGUAUCAGAGUGCUGGAUUUGGGACAUGCUUUUCUCUUUAAAUACAUAAUAUCAUUAUAUAAAUUAUUCUAGAGUGUAUUUAAUUAGGAUAAAAUUACUUCCUUAGUAUGGAUAUUUGACAUCUAUAGGGUGAAUUUGUUUAUAAAUAUGGAUAUAUGAAAACUUUAUUAGCAUUGUCUUUAUGUUUGCUACUUGGCUUUAUACCAUAUCUCCUGAGCUGAAAAAUAAUUUGCCAGGCCUUCAAGAUCCUAAAGAAACAACUCUAGUUUAAUGGAGUAAUUUUUUUUUUUCUUACUAAGGAAUUAUAUUAUAGACACCUAACAGGGUUGUGUACUUAGCUCCUAUUAUAGAUAAUAGGCACUUCUAUAAAAUAUUCUUGGUGGCUUGAUGGCGGAAUAAACCUUUCCCCUCCUACCUGAGCCAUAAGAAGUAUGAAGACAUCCACUGUCAUGGCAGAACCUGGGCCAUAGAGCAAAUUCGACAAAGGAUGUGCUGUUUUAAUAUGACCUCAACCAGUUCCAUGAACUGAGUGAAGGACCUUCGUUUUAAAAGUCAUUUAAUAAUGAGCUUAAACUCUUUCACUUAUUCUCCCAAGACCUAUUGGCAUUGUUAAAAAUAAAAGUAUAUCAAAUAUCUAACUAAGGAUGUAGUUAACCUUAUUAAAUAUUGAUUAGAAUUGUUCUGUAAUAUUACUGAAUUUGUAAGAUCUUUAGCAAAGAUUUUUGAGCAAUUUAUAAAUAUAGAGCAAAUGUUUCUGUUUAAUGCACUUUUUGUAAUUGAAGGUGAUAAAUUCUCAAGCCAUGGUUAUUGGCUUCCAUGCACUGCAUAUUUACCCACAAUUUAGACAUUUUCCAUUUUUAUGGAAGAGUUGCUGUUACCUUAAUUAUAAAUGCAAUCAUGUGGUUAAUGAAAGCUAAUGCUAAUAGUUAACCUUUUAAAGUGAAUUGGCUACAGUCUAAGGAAAUAUCUCUUUUAAUACAAAUCAUGCCAUUCCUUAUUGCUUCGCUUAGAAACAGAUGGAAACUUUUUUUUAAAGCACCGCUCAGUAUCCUAGGCUUCGGAUGAUAGAGAUUGUAUUGCUUUGUGUCUGUACAAUGGCCAGCACAUGCCAGCACUUGGUAAUUGUUAAAUGACAAUAAGUGUGCCCCAAACCAAAUUCUUUCUCUGGGUUGUUAUGGUAAAUUUAUAAAGUAUGCCAAGCCUUAUGGUUAACACUUUCUUCUGCAACCAAGUAUUAAAUCCCCCUUUAAAAAGACCACAUGAAAUGCUGAUUCUAAUUGUGUGUAGGUCUUGCAGAUUAAGCACACAAAUUUCACAAAACUUGUGAGUAACAAACUCAGCCUUCUGUAAAUAUACACGCAAGUUCAGAAACAGUAAUACUGUACCUAUAAAUAUAUCUGUCUGUUUUGUGUACAGUAUGUAAAAACUUUUCUGCCACACUAAAAAUGCAAGCCAUUUAUGGGUAUCCUAAAAUUAGUAUUGUACUAAAACUUUGCUAAUGAUCUUUAUUAGAAGAUCAUCCAACUUUUCACAUACAUUGGGUUUUCUUUUCAAUUCACUCUUACAGUAGUCUGCUUAUUUCCAGCUGUUUGUUAUAUGAUUGUGUCCUGAAUUUAAAAAAAUAUUUUGAUUCAUUUUGUAAAUACAAGCUGUAAAAAAAGAGAGAUUUAAUGUUGUCUUUUAAAUACUCCAAUUUUCAUUCUAAUAUGAAUGUUGUUAUAUUGUACUUAGAAACUGUACCUUUAAUAUUACAUUACCUUUAUUAAAAGUGCAUUGAACACAUCAAUUUUAGAUGUGCUUUAUGUACUGUUAUCCUAUAAUAAAACUUCAGCUUCUAAUGGAA